CAACACCAUCUCUCUUUUCUCUUCCUUCUUUGGUAUUUUCGGCCAAAGAGAGCCCUAAAAACCACCCAUCAUUUCUUACCAUUCUAGCUACUGCCCCAUUCUCUUCCUCUUCUUUCACACCCUUCAAGAUGUCAAACCCCUCUGUAAUCAUCACCAAUGAAGAGCUGUGGGCCUCGAAUACAGAACUCAAGACCCAAGUGGAGUACUUGGCUAAGCAGAUUGCUCAACUCACCAAAUUCAAAAUGAAUAUGAUGAAUACCCCCGAAGAAAGUGAAGAGGAGCAAGAGGAAGAAGCCCAAUCAGAAACUCUUCCUCGUCCCACAAGGAGAAACAACCAAGAGAAGUCAUCUACUGAUUUCAAAGUUGAAAUCCCAACUUUUAUGGCAAAGAUGACCCCGAUGAUUUCAUAGAGUGGUUAGAGACGAUUGAACGUGUCUUUGACUAUACCAAGGUAUCGGAGGAUAAGAAGGUCAAGCUUGUGGCCUUAAAACUCAGAGGCUACGCAUCUACUUGGUGGACUAACACUACCACCAAGCGCAAAAGAGAAUGCAAGGCUGCUGUUAAAACAUGGACCAAGAUGAGAGCUUUAUUGAAGAAGAAGUUCAUUCCUACUCAUUAUAUAAGGGACAACUUUGCUAGGCUUCAAAACCUACGACAAGGAAAUCAGUCCGUAGAAGAGUACAACCGAGAGUUUGAAGAACUCUUGAUGCGAUGUGAUCUUCAAGAGAAUGACUCACAAACCUUUGUGAGAUAUUUAUUUGGUUUAAACACCCAAAUAGCCAACACCGUGGAGCUGCAAAAUUUUGAAAGCCUUGAAGAUUUAACAAAGCUAGCCCUAAAAGUGGAAGCUCAACUCAAGAAAGGCAAGUCCCCCUU